AUGCCUCAACAACGCUUGCAGUUUGUUCAACCGUCGCAACGAAAAGGUUCAAUAACAUCCGACAACCUUUCGGAGAGUUCCGGUCAGCAGCUACAUGACACAGACGAGAGCCGAACCUCUCAAUACCAAUCGUCGCGACCUCACACAGCCUCUAUAGCCUCUUGCGCGAAGCCAAGAACGUCAUGGGUCUUCUGUCAUAUGCCAGACGAGGAGAUUGAAACCAGAUAUUACAAUCAACGAACUGGAAAAGAGGAAUGGCGCUGCAAACACUGCGAGAAAACAUAUUCUUGUUCUGGUGGAACUGCGGCUCCAGCCAAGCACCUCACGGACCCUCCCCCUGACGGUCAUGGUCUCCCAAAAGGCGCUCCACGAUCCGCUAAAGUAAGAACUAUAAGAACUAUUCUUGAACAAGCUCGUCUUACGGCUGAAGAAAAUGUCCGAAAACGCCGCCGGUUUAACGAUCAAUACGGAGACUCGAUCGACCCGGACCAGCUCGAAGUGUUGUACGUAAGGUUUAUUACCGCCUGUUCUCUUCCAUUUCGGCUGGUGGAAUGCCCAGAAUUCCGAGCCCUAUUGGCCUACAUUAAUGCCGACGUCGAUACUUGGCUUCCAGACACGCACCAAACUGUCAAGAAAUGGAUUAUGCGGCAGUAUGAAGAUCAGAAGGAGAAGGUCAAGCAGCGCAUACAGUCCGCAAAGUCAAGGAUUCACAUCAGCUGCGACCUUUGGACUUCUCCCAACUCUUUAGCAAUCUUAGGUAUAGUUGCUCACUAUGUCACGGAAGACUGCAAGCUAGAACACCACACUUUGGCCUUAAAAGACAUCGACAGUGAGCAUGAUGGUUCUCACCUUGCUGCGGCAAUCAUGGAAGUGGUUGAAGACUGGGGUUUUGCUUCCAAACUUGGAUAUUUCGUGAUGGACAAUGCAAGCAACAACGACACAAUGAUGAAGUCCCUUUCUCUUGCCCUUCUACGCCAAUUUGACAUUCAAUAUGAUCCCAAAUCUCACCGACUCCGCUGCCAAGGUCAUAUUAUCAACCUAGCCGCAAAAGCCUUCCUCUUCGUUACCGAUAACGAGAAGCUCGAACAGGAAGAUUUGGGUCUGCAUAAUGUGACACUAAAGCAGAUUGAAGCGUGGCGGCAAAAAGGUCCUCUUGGCAAGCUUCAUAAUUUUGUCGUUUAUAUUCAAAGAAGUGUUCAACGCAGCCAAAAGUUUAUGGCUAUUAGCCAUAACCGCAAGCUUGCGCGAGACAACGACACAAGGUGGAAUUCGUGGUAUACCAUGCUGCAAGCGGCCUUGAAUCUUAGAGACGCAAUUAAUGGCUAUUUCAACAAAUGGGUAGAAGCAGAGUGUGCUGGAGACGAGCUCUCUGCAGAGGACUGGGCCAUCCUCGAGAAGAUCAAAUCAUUGCUGUUCAGGACUCACCGAAUUGUCGGACCGUCGUGUUCUAUUUCGAUCAGGAGAGCUACCCGAUUUUAG